AUGAAUUCCAUGAAUCGACAAGAACCGUCAAAGCGGCUGGACUUGCAGGGAAUCCGGGGUCUUGCCAUCCUUGCGGUCCUUGGCUUUCAUUUUUUCCCGGGUGCUUUUCCGAAUGGAUAUCUUGGAGUUGAUCAAUUCUUUGUCCUAUCCGGAUUCCUGAUGUGCAUGCUGUUGAAGCGAGCUGAAAAUGAGCCAGCUUUCACUCUAAUCGGGAAUUUUUAUUAUAAGCGGUUAAAGCGAAUUCUCCCUCUUUACUUGUUAGUUAUCCUAGUUGGGAUGAUCUGUCUUUACACGUUCUUCCCAGACAUUUCCAUUGAGACAAACCAAAAAUCUGCGACACGAGCCCUGUUUUUCGUAUCAAAUAGACCAUCUUCACUGCAGGAUGAUUAUUUUUCUAUGCUCUCCAUGGCAAUCGACAUAUUUACUCAUACAUGGUCCCUAUCCGUUGAAGUUCAGUUCUAUAUCCUUGUGCCUUUUAUGUUCCUGAUUGUAACACGAUUACCAGCACGGUUUCACAUUGCGUCUUUUGCUAUAAUAGGCAUAACUUCCUUGCUCCACUUUAAUUUCUCCCCUGCUCCCAUUGCAUUUAAUAGUGUUUUUGCGAGAGUUUGGCAGUUUAUAAUAGGAAUGCUGGUUUACCUCAAGGGAUGCUCGAUGUUAAAGCGUGAUUAUACGAUUCUAUCAGACAAAGAAGAAGAUUGCAAAUUUAGCAAAGAACUUGCCAAAAGUCACUCAUAUUUCAACAAUGUACAAGCAUCAAGCUAUUCAUCACUUGCUGUGCUAAUAAUUUUAACAUUCCUCCCAUUUACAUUAAGUUCUUCUAUAAUCAGACCCCUAGUUACUAUUGGAACAGGUUGCCUAAUGCUCACAUCUGAGGGUAAUCCAAUAUUGUCAAAUAAAAUUCUAUCAUAUAUUGGUGAUAUCUCAUAUUCGCUGUAUCUGAUUCACUGGCCUAUUUAUGCGUACUGGAAGCUCACCUGCAAGGGUGAUAGUAUUUUAUUGAUCUGUGCCCUGAUCUCAUCUAUUGUUCUCGCUAUCUUUACAUUCGAGACUUUCGAGAAGUGGUAUCUGAAAAUCUCGAAUUCAAGCUUGAUUAUACUAGUGACACUGCUAUUUGUCUCCAACGGUGGUUUAAUCAAGAAAAAUCAAAUAUCCAAUGAGAUCUACAUGUAUCAGCGCAACAUCACAAGCCUUGACGAUAUAACCAGUAACAUGACAGUGGACGAUGCUAUCCGGCUGAACUAUCAAUGGAAUGUUGAUGAUGGGCCCAACUUGUUCGUGUCUUACUGCGUCUAUGAGAGCGACACAGGACCCUUUGGAUGGUGCAAUCAUACGGGUCUAAGCCCAUCUGGGAAAUACAAAAUCGCAGUGUUCGGCAACAGUUGGGCGGCUAAUCAUGGAGAGAUGAUUCAUCAAGAGUGUGGUCAUAAGGCGAAGAUUAUCAUUCAAGGAUCUGCAAAUGCAUGUGACCCGCUGUACUUUUCACCGGACAGUGUACCUUGUCGCAAGAAUUUCACAGAUUUUGAAGAACGUGUGCGGCUGGAGAAGCCAGAUUUCGCAUUCAUGCUCACCAGGUACUUGGCAAUCGGGGAGCUCCGUCCUCCGAACGUGACAACACUCGAGCAAGAUUCUGUGUACCAAGUGAUGAAGCAACAAAUUCUAAAACUAUCUGAAAAUGUGAAAUACAAAAUCUACAUUAUGAAUGCAUUUCCCAGAAUCGAUCAGCCGUCAGUUGAGAUGAUAGCGAAAUGGCUGAAAAAUGGAACAAGCCCGGAGGAAGUUGAUAAACGACUGUUCAACUCGAAAGACGCGGUAAUCGAGCAGCAAAGUUACGAGCUAACAAGAGAAAGAUAUGCACAACUGGAAAAAGAUUGUGGUGGAAAGUGUAUACUUGUGGACUAUAAGCCAACAUUUUUCAACCCACAAUCAGGAUUCUACCGGAUGUUUGAUGAUCGAGGCUUUUCAUAUUACACGUCAGGCUUACAUUUGACACCGCAUGGCGUUGAACUUGUUAGGCCGAUUUGGAGAAAUAUUUGUGAUUCGUUAUGA